UGUUAGAUUUAAGAUAAAGUUUAUGCAAAUAUAAUAAUCUAAAAACACACAAACAAAAUAUAUAAUUUUUUUUUUGUCAAAAUAAAAAUAAAAAUUUAUAUUUUUGUUGGUACUAAAAAAUAAAAAUUAGAGUAGAAUAUAAGGCUUAGGACAACAAACAAAAAAUAAAUAAAUAAGUAAAUAAAAUAUGUUUUUAUUUUGGUUAAUAUUACAGCAAACCCAAACCAGACCUUCCAAUAUUGCUCAAAUGGAUGAGAGAGACAGUUAGAGAGAGAAAUAGUAGUGAAGAGAAGAAAGAAAGAAGAAGAAGAAGAAGAAAUUUAGGGUUUAAGAGAAAAGGGUUUUAGUUUAGGUCUACCAACUGGUGGUUAGAGAUUGAGCUUCUUAACCAAACACUUUCAUUACCAGCAAAUUACAGAACCCAACCAAAUCCCAAAACAAGAAGAAGAAGAAGAAGAAGAAGACCAAGGUCAAAACCAAACCCACCAUUUUUUUAUAAACAGAGACUCAUAAAGUUAUCAUCUUUUUCAUUUUUACUUGUGUAGAAAGAGAAAGAGAAAGAGAAAGUGAUGAUGAUGGUGAUUGUGUUGUGAUGAUGGGAUUGUAAUAUUGUAUGCGUGUGAAUCUCACGUGGGGAUUGAUGCAAUAAUAGAUGGAGAAUAUAUAUGAUUACCAUAAAAGAGCAAAAGUGAAAAGGAAAUACAUAUUCAUAAUAGCUCUUUGAAUUAUUAUUAUUAUUAUUAUUAUUUCAUUUCUUUCUUUUUUGGGUGUUUUUCUUUUCUUCUUCUUCUUCCUUUAAUUCAUUAAAAAAAACAAAUUUUUAUAAUUUUUUUUUGUUGUUACCUGGAGUGAGAGAAGAGGGUUCUGUUCUUGGGAUCGGAAAGUGUUUGGUUGUUGUUCUAGGAGAACUAAGUAAGAAAGAAAAUACAAGAAAAAAAGAAAAGAAUUGAGAUACUUAGGAUUGUGUUUUCAGCAGAUUAUUGGUUGUUGUCUCCAAGCUUUUCUGUUCCCCAUAUCACCCACAACUGUUACGGGUCUCCAGAUUCUAGUUAGAUUAUGAGACUUAAUUCUAAUAAGUGGGAGAAAAAGUUUGAAGCUUGAUAAGAAGAAAUAUGGCAACUUAUUACUCAAGCUCAAACAAUCAAAGAGAUAAUGCUCAAAUGAUGUAUUCAAGGGAACACUUGCCCACUUCAUAUCCUGAAGCUUCAGUUAUCCCAAGCAAUAUGAUGAUGUAUAUGAACACUGGAUCAUACUCAGAUGCCUUGGCUGGGAAUUCACAGCAGCAAAGUAAUUGUAUGGAGAUGCCACCAAUGGGGGGGCCUUCUGAUUCCGCCACACAGCAGCAGGACAUCUUAUCGAAUCUCGGUGGAACAAGAAUGGGAGAACAUGAUUUCAAUGAGUGGAGAUCAUCAGAUGGGAAAAAUGAUAUGUUGGUGAAUGCUCACUCAAUGGCUGGUGGUGCUCCAAGUAUUUUUCAUGGUGGACAGAAUUUGCAGGGUCAAGGAUUAUCUCUUAGUCUUGGUACACAAAUCUCAUCAGGAAUUCAAAUGCCUUCUAUCUCAUUUAGGAAUCCCAACAUGGGGUUUUCGUCUUUCUUGAGCCCAAAUCCAUCAGAUUCGGGUGAGGGUGGUGGUGGUGGGUGCAGAAAUGGCUCUUCAAGAGAUGAACAACAACAACAGCCAAGGAAUACUAAUAAUAAUGUUGAAUAUUUGGGACCUGGGUUUGUUGGAGGAGUUAAUCAAGAUUCAAAUAAAGGAGAAUUGUCUCCAUAUGGGAUGUCAAGUAUUGCAAGAGCUGUUCCUAGCUCUAAAUAUCUCAAGGCAACACAACAACUGCUUGAUGAAGUUGUCAAUGUUCGAAAAGCAUUGAAACAGCAUGACGGCGAAAAGGCUCAAGGUACACAAGAGCAAGGAUUGAAAAGCCCCAGGGAAGGUGAUGAUGGAUCAAAGAAUGAAUCUACACCUGGUGGUGGGGAGUCAGCUAGUAACUCCCAACCUGAGCUUUCACAUUCUGAAAAACAAGAUCUACAGAACAAAUUGACUAAACUUCUUUCCAUGUUAGAUGAGGUUGAUAGAAGGUACAAGCAAUAUUAUCAUCAGAUGCAGAUUGUUGUAUCAUCAUUUGAUGCAAUUGCAGGAUGUGGAUCAGCUAAACCAUACACUGCACUUGCCCUUCAGACAAUUUCACGCCACUUUCGGUGUCUACAUGAUGCGAUUGUUGGCCAAAUAAAGGUGACUCGCAAAAGCCUUGGCGAGCAAGAUGCUUCAGGAAAUAUUAAAGGAGUUGGAAUAUCUCGUCUUCGGUAUGUAGACCAGCAGCUAAGGCAACAGAGAGCUCUUCAGCAGCUUGGUAUGAUGCAACAACAUGCAUGGAGACCUCAAAGGGGAUUGCCAGAGAGUUCUGUUUCGAUUCUUCGUGCUUGGCUGUUCGAGCAUUUUCUUCACCCGUAUCCAAAGGAUUCUGAUAAGAUCAUGCUAGCAAGGCAGACAGGCCUCACUAGAAGUCAGGUCUCAAACUGGUUUAUAAAUGCAAGAGUGCGUCUCUGGAAGCCAAUGGUUGAGGAAAUGUACAAAGAAGAGAUUGGUGAUGCUGAGAUGGACUCAAAUUCAUCAUCCGAAAACGCUGCAACCAAAGCAACAACAAAAGGCGACAUUAUGACCUCUGAUGACAACAACAGAGGUGGUGAAGACUUGCAGCAAAGCGCAAGCUCAACAGGAACCGCCGAGAGAUGUAGCACUGGCCAUUUCAUGGAUUCCUCGAAAACAGACCAUAUCACUGAUGUUGAAAUGGGGGCAGGAUCAGUUGGUUCUGCUGCUGCCACUUUCCACCAAAGCCUAACUAGACGCGAAGUUGAGGUUGCAGAAGCUGUCUUUCCUGAUCAUGGCAUUGUUCAAUCAGAUGGAAGCAAUGAAAGGUUUAUGGCUGCAGCCGCUGCAGCAUACCAUAUGUCGGAGUUGGGGAGGUUCGGGAGUGGAACAGGGGUAUCACUUACACUAGGAUUGCAGCAUUGUGAUGGCGGUGGUGGUAACAUGUCGUCAAUGAAUGGAGCCUCUCACCACCAUGGCUUUGUGGCUAUGAGAGGAGAUCAUGACUUGUAUAAUCCCGCAACCUCUUCGGUUGGAGCUGAGGCUGCGGAUUUUGAAUGCUUAAAUUCAGGGAAUCCGCAGCCUCGGUAUGCUUCUUCCCAUUUGUUACAUGAUUUUGUAGUGUGAAUGUUUGGUUUUGGGAUUAGAGAUAAUCAACUUUCCAUUUCUCAAGAAGAAAAAGAAGAAGAAUGAAGAAGAAGAAAGAAGACUAGACAAUGAAAAUGUCUGGUUUUUUUUUGCCAUGGUAGAAAAUUUGUAGUCUUUCCAAAUAUGGAAAACAUAUAUAUAUAUAUAUAUAUAUAUAAAAGCACAGUUGUAUUAUAAUCAAGAAUGGUGGGAAGGUUAGAAUAUUUGUAAAGAUAAUAGUGACAACUUGGUAUUGAAGAAGAAAAAGAAAGAAAAAAAAAAUUAUAUUGUUGUUUUUUUUUUUUUGGGAAUAAAUAAAUGAUUUUAG